AUGGAGGCCCAAGUCCUUUCUCCGGAGACCGUACAAGACGUCUUUAAAUCAACCGUGACUUCGGUACCAGCUGAUAAAAUCGACUCAACGUUCAAGUCAAGCAGCACGGACCUGAUCAACAAAGCCCUCGGGUCUCGUAUUCUCUCCUUUUCUGAUGAAUGGUUCGCCGCCGCAGAGAAUCUUACAACACCAACUCCACCAAUUCGUAAACCAGGCGUCUUCACUUACGCAGGAGCGUGGUACGAUGGCUGGGAGACUCGUCGCCACAACCCAGAGCCCUUUGACUGGGUUGUCAUCCGUUUGGGUGUGGCAUCAGGUCGCGUAAAGGGUGUAGAGGUCGACACGGCUUUCUUCAAUGGCAAUCAAGCACCAGAGGUCGCCGUUCAGGGAUGUUUCAUCUCGGACGACAGGGAAGAAGAGGUCAAAAGUCCGAACUUUAACGAAUGGGAGACGAUCCUCGAGAAGCAGGAAUGCGGACCCAGCCAGCGUCAUGGAUGGGCACUCCCACGCGAGACGGAGAAAGCGUACACGCACGUGRGACUGCAGAUGUUUCCCGAUGGAGGCAUCGCGCGGUUCCGGCUGUUCGGUACGGUGGUGGCUGUUCUACCGCAGGAUGUCAACGAAGUCUUCGAUCUUGCUGCUACUGUCAAUGGAGGUGUCGCAGUGUCAUGUUCUGAUCAGCACUUUGGAACGAAAGACAACUUGCUGCUUCCUGGCAGGGGUGCUGAUAUGGGUGACGGCUGGGAGACGGCAAGGUCGAGAGGCGAGCAUAUUGACUGGACCAUCAUCAAGCUGGGUGUGCCUGGCGUGAUUGAGAAGCUGGUUGUCGACACUGCCCACUUCCGAGGUAACUUUCCUCAGAAAGUACAGAUUUUCGCCGCGCCAGCACAAGAUGGUGUUCCACGACAUGAAGAUUCAAUAUGGACGGAGGUGCUGCAGCCGCAGAAGACCGGGCCGGACAAGGAGCACGAGUACUCAGGCGAGGUGCUCAAGGAGGUUUCAGGAAAGACCUAUGGCUUCGUCAAGCUGGUAAUCAUUCCCGAUGGUGGUGUGAAGCGAGUACGUGUUUUUGGACGUAGGGCGUAG